UUAAUUAGUUUAGCAAAUUUUGUUAAAAAAGAGUAUAGUAGUUUUAUGAAAGAUGGUUUGGAAAAAGUAGUUUUGCUGACAAUUAGAAAUCAGGAGAAAAUUAUUAAACCCAAUACAUCUGAAAAGACUAAACAUGAAGUUUUUAUUAAACACCAAGAACUAUGUGAGAUGGGUUUUAUUAAUAAAAUAUAUAAAAAAUUAGCCAAAGAUAUCCAGAAAGAAUUAGAAUAUUUUUUAAAUUUUGCUGAAG